GAUGAGAUAGAGAGGGCCGUGUGUCAUAACUCGAGUGGGGUCGAAAAUUUAUCUUCUCAUCUCUAACCACACAUUUAAACAGGGAGGAGAAACAACUGUUUACGUCUACAUCAGAUUCACAUGGUUACUUUAAAAAUGCAAAAACUGAGCCAAUUUUCCUCAUAACCAUAGGAAUAUCGAAGAUGGUGGACAGCGUGUAUCGUACUAGAUCCUUAGGUGUUGCUAUAGAAGGUGUUCCUGAUCAAUAUGCGGACGGAAAAGCCGCACGUGUAUGGGAAGUUUAUAUCGGAGAGAAAGAAACUCGUACUAAACAUUACAGAGAAUUUCUUACAUCAAUGUUAAGAGAACAUGGAUGUAAGCAUAUAUUAGAUGUGGCAUGUGGCACUGGAAUCGAUUCUAUAAUGUUAUUAGAAGCCGGAUUUAAGAUGACAAGUGUAGAUGCUAGCGAUAAGAUGUUAAAAUAUGCAUUGAAGAAAAGAUGGAACAGAAGAAAGGAACCUGCUUUUGAUGAUUGGGUCAUAGAAGAAGCUAAUUGGUUGACAUUACCUGAUGAUAUCCUUAAACCUGGAAAAGGCUUUGACGCUGUGAUUUGUCUCGGAAAUUCUUUUGCUCACUUGCAAGAUUUUGAAGGGAACCAGUCCAAACAGAAAAAAGCCAUUGAAAACUUUUAUGAGAUGAUAAAACCAGGAGGAUAUCUUCUAAUUGAUCACAGAAAUUAUGAUGCAACUCUUGAUAGCGGACAAACUCCAUCUAAAAACAUUUAUUAUAAUAGCAAACAUGCAAGGGAUAUUCAGACAUCAAUACUUUAUGUUAAUGGAAAACCAAAUAUGGUAACAUUAGAUUAUACAAUGGAUAUUUCUGAUUUGGAAUCAAAAUUUGAUUCAACUGACAGUGCCUUUACAAAGAAAGGACGUUAUUCAGGAAAUACUGUAGACAAUUUCCGGCUCUCAUACUAUCCACAUCGUCUAGAAUCUUUCAAGAAACUCCUGAAAAAUGUCUUUGGACAGGACUGUAAGCAUUGGGUCUAUGGAGAUUUUCAGCCUCUGGAUAAAAUUGACAAUCCAGCAUUUUACAUUCAUAUUGUUAAAAAGGAUGAAUGAAGAUUUUACAAUAUUUCAGCUUUAAUUAAUCAUAAAAGAAUGUGAUUUUUAUUUUAAAUAUAUGGUUAAUUGAAUGUAUGUAAAAUAAGUAUAAUUAUACAUUAUCACAUAUCAGUAUGAGCAUGUUUGAUAACUGGAUGAAAGUGUAUUUAAAACUAUGAUUAAAUGAUCCAUACUUACAAAAUAAAAAUCACAUUGUCAUUAUGAAAAACUUUAAAAACAUUCUUCUAAAGUUCUUAAAAAUAGAUUAAAAGCAAAAUAAAUUAGAUAAUUUCAUUAAAACAGUUUUGUUAUCACUUUUUGUUAACCCAAAGUAAAACAAUUUCAUAGAAAAAGAAAAAACUUAUUUUGAUAACCACUGAAAAGGGUUUUUUUUUGGAUAAAUAGAAACAAAAUGUUAUAUCCUUUCAAUCCAGCAUUCAUCUGAGUUCAAGAAUUACUCAAAAGAUAAUUUUAAUUCCCAGAUAUUUUAUUUAAAAGCAGUUCAGAUCGGAGUUUUCACUGAUUCCUCCUCAGUAAAAGGUACAAUCCUUGACAGAGUUUAUGUUAUUUUUCUGCUUCCCUGAUAUCAGUCAUUGCAGCAAUGUCAGAUUCGAAGGACAUAACAUCUUGUUUUUAUUCUCCAAACAACCCCUUUACAGUGGUUAUUAAAAUAAGUGAUUAUAUCUGACAAAUAUUGCUAUUUUUUAGCUUUGUAUUGUUUUAUUUGAAAAAAGGAAAAAGCUAUGUAAAACGUAAUUUGAAAUACAUUUCUUAGAGGAAAAAAGUCUUUCGAAAAAACAAAGAGAGAAUAAAGAUCAAGACACGCUGCAUCUUUAUUUCUCUUGAUUCUUGAUAGGUGUUUAGCCUGAAAAGGCUAGUUUUCUAAUAGUUAUAGUUUUUGUUCUGAGAAAAGCAGUUUGAAUUGGAUUUGCAUUUGAAGAUUUUCUUUUAACAGAUUUACUGUCAAAUUUUCAAAAUAAAUUCUAUUUUCUGUAUAAAAUGAACAAAAUAGAAAAUUUCCUCAUUUUAUGCUUACUUUUUGUCAAUAGUAUUCAUCAAAGACAGAAAAAGUAAGUAGUGGCAAUAUGUUCUAAUUAUUUUAGAAUUUUAUUCACACUUUUGUUAGAAUGUUAAGAAAUUAUUUCUUCGAGAAAAGUAAUCAUUUUGUAUCUAACAUUUUCACUUCGUAUAAUAAUAUAUUUAUUGUUGAAUGUAGUUAGUAAAUUAAUAUAUUAUCUGAGUUAAUAUGAAUCAAAUAAACUAAUACAUAAGGACAUCACAAAAAACUUUAUAUAUUAAGCAUUUUCUCUGAAGAUGCUAUUCAUUUUUAGAA